AUGGACCUACCAUCAAUAUUGGAUGAGGAACUAUCAUCGAUACUGGAUGACGAAACUGUGUCGGGAGCCACUCGCGAUGUUUCCAGGAAACCGUGCGCUGUCGCUGCAUCUGUUUCACGGAAGUUCAGGGAUCAGCUAACGAACGCUGCAAGAGAAAAGUUGCGUCACGUCGACCUCAUGUUUACGGAGUACCAGCCUUAA